AUGUAUUUUACAUACAGAAAGGCUAAACUCAGGAAAUGCUACAGAAAGCCCUUGUAUGCAACAGAACACCACCACAGCCCCGCCGGCAGCCCCUUCCUGCAGCUGCGGGAGCAGUUGGUCUGCCAGGAGAACCUCAACGCGGACAAGCUGAGCCGCUUCAUGCGCCAGGACUCGCUCGAGCCCGUGGUGCGCGACCCCUGCUACCUGCGCAACCAGGGCAUCUGCAACCGCAACAUCGACCAGACGCUGCUCUCCAUCCUCCUCUUCUUCCACAGCGCCUCCGGGGCCAGCGUCGUCGCCAUCGACAACAAGAUCGAGCAGGCCAUGGAUCUGGUUAAGAACCACCUGAUGUACGCUGUGCGGGAAGAGGUGGAGAUCCUGAAAGAGCAGAUCAAGGAGCUGGCGGAGAAGAACUCCCAGCUGGAGCGGGAGAACAGCCUCCUGAAGAACCUGGCCAGCCCCGAGCAGCUGCAGAAGUUCCAGUCGCGCCUGCCUGGAGAGAGCCCGCCCGUCUCCCCUGCAGCGGCCGAGAGACCGAGCGGGCCCUUGGGGGCGGCCGCCCCGGCCCAGCACCCCGCGGGCUCUGCGGUGUAAGGUGGCUCUGCCCAUAUGGGGUGGGCAGAGCCACAGAACUGAUUCCACUUCAACCUCCUUGAAUGGUUGCCUCGUCUCUUUUGGAGGAGUCCAGCUGGGCCGUGGCCCCAACAGGGUGCCCCCCCGCCCGUGGGCGCGCCCCCCCAAUGAGGGGCUCUGUUGGUUUGUGCCUCCCUGCGUGGGGUGGCCAGAGACUGCCUCCUGCUGAAAGGAGGAGGGCAUGCAAGGUUGUGCGCACGGACUGUCCUCCCGUGGAGGAGCUCCGGGUCGGCUCCCUCUCUCUCUCCCCCGGGCCCCUCUUUUUGAAGAGGCCGGUGCCCUGAGCAGGGGGGGGCACCCUCUAAGGGUGGGGGCUCCUCCUGCCAGGCUAAAGACUGUUAACCCAGAAGAAGCACAUGAGGCUGAUGGUCAGUUUUGACAGGAAGAGGACGGCCCCUCCCCCACUUGCCCUGGCAUGAGAAGCAGCUGCUGUUUGCCCUGGGCAUCUGAUUAGUUGGCUAGCACUAGCCCUGUUCCCCCCCCCCCGUUUGGUCAUCCUCUCUGGGGCUGGGGGUGCAAGAAGUGAGACUGCCAUGUACAGAAUGACGGUGCGCAUGUGCACGUGCCUUCUGGAGGGCUUGAACGGACUUGGACUGGAACGAAGCUUUAGUGCCACUGAGUGGCAAGGGAGGGGCCCAGCAGGUGGGCAAAAAAGAAGCCUUUGCGUUAAACAGUUUGCUUACUGAAUUCUGUCCACAGACAAACCCUCUGUGGGUGGGCUCAGCUCCAGCUGCCUUACUAAACUUGUAUGUGGACUUGAGCACAAGAGACCAAGGGCGGCGUGUUAGGGGGGUGGGGGUAGGGCCCUGAGCCAGUGGGCACGGGUGCACCCCUUCACCUCCUCCUGCUUUGGUGGGAACUCUGCUUCUUUGACAUUUUCUCUAACUGAUGGUGUACAUUUUGAGAUACUGCAAUAAAGAAUAGUUUUUUUAUAUAU